GCCCGUUAAGCAUCUGCCCCAGGACCAAGCGGUAUACCUUAUAAAGUAUACAAGAGAUGCCCGAUGCUCCUCCGCAGGUUAUGGAAACUGUUGCGAAGGAUAUGGACAAAAGGUAUCAUUCCAGCAUCCUGGAAAAGAGCAGAGGGGUGUUUUGUACCCAAGGAAAUGGACUCUUCCGACAUCAGUCAGUUCCGAACCAUCUCUCUCCUAAGUGUCGAAUGUAAGGUAUUCUUUUCUGUCCUGGCAAAAAGGAUGACUACCUACAUGGUGAAGAAUAAAUAUGUCAAUACAUCAGUCCAGAAGGGUGGCAUUCCAGGUUUCUCCGGGUGCUUGGAACAUACGGGCAUCCUCAAUCAGUUGAUCAGGGAGGCCAAGGGGAGCAAAGGAAAUUUAACGGUUGUCUGGCUCGACUUGGCUAACGCAUACGGUUCAAUCCCACACGGCCUCAUUAACACAGCUAUGGAACACUACCAUAUCCCCUACCACACCAGGGGCAUAAUUACCAGCUACUUCGGAGGAUUCAAACUACGGUUUAAAACUGCCCACUUUACAACUCAGUGGCAGGACCUGGAAAAGGGAAUCGUGACAGGCUGCACCAUCUCCCCCAUCCUGUUUGUCAUGGGAAUGAAUCUGCUCAUAACAGCUGCAGAAAAGGAAUCCAGAGGGCCAUCAAUGGAGUCUGGCAUCCGCCAACCUCCAAUAAGAGGUUUUAUGGAUGACCUUACCAUAACAACUUCAACCCAUGUGCAAGCAAGAUGGAUCUUGAAAGCCCUUGAAGAUGGAGCAACAUGGGCUCGGAUGAAAUUCAAACCGAGGAAAUCAAGAAGUAUGGUGAUUAGAAAUGGGAAAGUGACCAGCAAGUUCCAGCUGCGAGUACAGGGGGAGACGAUACCAUCAAUUGAGGAAAACCCAAUUAAGUGCCUAGGGAAAUGGUACGACGCAUCCCUGACCGACAGAUGCAAUGUUUCCAGGACAGAGAAACAGGCAGAUGCAUGGCUGAGUAAGAUCGAGGGGUCAGGAUUGCCAGGAAAGUUCAAGGCCUGGCUCUUCCAGCACGGCCUGCUACCACGGCUUAUGUGGCUACUGACAAUCUACGAAGUACCUAUGACAGCAGUGGAAGGAGUCGAGAGGCGAGUGAACAAAUACCUUCGCAAGUGGCUCGGAAUCCCACCAAGCUUCACAUCAGUAGGGCUAUACACCAGGUCUGGUCAGGUACAGCUGCCCCUAUCAUCAGUGGUGGAGGAGUUCAAGGUGGCAAAGUGCCAGCUUGUGAUGAUGUACCAAGACUCCACUGAUGAAAAAGUCAGAAAGGCAGGUGUCACUACGAGAUCAGGACGCAAGUGGGUGGCUGACACAUCAGUGGCACAAGCCGAAAGUGCAUUGAAGCUGAAGGACAUCAUUGGGAACCCAUGUGUAGGGAGGCAAGGAUUCGGAUCCACCCACUUCCAGCAGUGGGGAAAAGCAGACCCAAGGCAGAGGAGGGACAUGAUUCAAGCCGAGGUCCGACACCUGGAGGAAGAAAGGCGCAGGUCUAUGGCCGUCGAGCUUGGAGUACAAGGUGCCUGGACGAAGUGGGACAUGCCGAAGCGGAAGAUCACGUGGCCUGAGAUCUGGAGACUGGAGCCCUUUCGUAUCUCCUUCCUGCUCCGUUCAGGACGACACCCUUCCAUCACCAACAAACCUCCACAAAUGGGGUAUGAGGGAGGACCCAUCGUGUAGGCUAUGCGGAGGGAGGGGAACAAUGGCGCACAUACUGGCAGGAUGCAAAACAGCCCUUAGCCAAGGACGAUACAGGUGGCGCCAUGACAAGGUUCUCUUUGCACUGGCUGACAUCUUGGAGCG